AUGGCAGAAUUUCUCAUCAAGAACGAGGAUCUUAGUGUCCUCAAGGGCAAAGUGGUUGUCCUCACAGGCGGCUCGUCAGGUAUUGGCCUCGCAACAGUCAACCUUUUACUGUCAUUAGGGGCAUCUGUGGUCAGCGGCGAUGUCAACCCACCCGCGGCCUCCGAGACAGAAACGCCCGGCCUGCUAUAUGUGAAGACCAAUGUAGCCAACUGGGGUGACCUGAGAGCGCUAUUUGAGAAGGCGAAGCAGCACCAUGGCCGAAUCGACUGCGUUUUCGCUAACGCCGGCGUUGGUCCCCGAGCUAACUACCUGGCUCUUGAGACGGAUGAGGAGGGGAACCUGCAGGAACCGACUCACGAGCUCCUGGACAUCGGUUUGAGAGGCCUCAUCAACACAGCUUCUCUGGCUGUUCACUAUAUGAAGGAACAGCCUGAAGGUGGUAGCAUUGUGCUUAUGGGCUCUAGCACCGGGUUGCAACCCCUUCGAGCCGUCGAUUACUCCACGGCCAAGCAUGGUGUCCUAGGUUUCGGCAGAGGACUUGCACGGCUUGCAGGUGUUGCGGGAGUUCCCAUCCGCAUCAAUACUCUGAUGCCUUCAUGGACGAUGAGCAACGUCCUCCCAGACUUGGAAGGCCUUAUGAGAGGCAUCUCGCAUGUGCCACAGCCCGCUUUGGCGGUCGCCCGCGCUGCGGCUCACCUGAUGGCCGAUGCAUCCAGACAGGGAGACGUGAUUUUUGUGGCUGAUGGAACGUACAAGGAAAUCGAAAAGACGGUGCUCUAUCCCGCGUACGAAACCAUCAAAGGAGAGGGAAACCCCAGCGACGACGAGGUUUUGAAGCGUCUUUUAGAAGUGCCGGCGCAGUAAACUAGGGAUUUAGUGCCUUGAGCGAGUUGGAGCUUUCCAGGAUUAAAUUGCAUAGUACGGAGUAUGAGUACAUAGAUAAGCAAGCUAGCAUGGUUUUUCGUUGAAGCGCUAAACACUUUGAGUAAGUUU